AUGGACACCAUGGCCUGCAACGCCGGUCUGACAGCCUGCCAGAAGACGGCCUGUUGGGACGAAGCUUUGCCCAUUCUGGAGAGCCUCCGACUGCGGCAGCUGCGCGGCGACAUUGUCACGUACACGGCCGUGCUCUCUGGGCUCAAUCGAGGCGGCUGCUGGAUGGCAAGCAUGGCCCUCUCGCUUGAGGCCCCGGACUGCGACGAGGCACUGCGCAUCGCGACGCUUGCUGGUGCAGGCGUCGGCCGCUGGGAUCAGGCCCUCGCGCGGCUGCACCGCGAUGACGGCGUCCGGAGCUAUGGCGUGGCCAUCAAAGCAUGCGAGGAUUUCGCCGAGUGGCCGGCAGCCCUUCGGCUUCUGGGGGCCUUUGAGGCAAGGCGCCUUGCGAGCCAGGCGGUCGCCCUCAACUCAGGCCUCAGCGCUUGCGAGAAGGGCAUGCAAUGGCAAGCCGCCAUCCAGCUGCUCUCCACCUUCGAAGACAAGCGGUGGAAGACGGAUGUGAUAACGCGCAGUGCCGCCAUCACUGCUUGUGCUGUGGUGGCGAAGUGGCCCUUCUCUUUGCAGCUGUUCCACCAGAUUCCUCGAGCUGACACAGUUGCCCUCAAUGCAGCGCUGGCUGCCUGCGAGCAAGGGGGGCAGUGGCAGGUCGCCCUGUUGAUGCUGCAGUCCGCCUCGCAGCUUGUUCCGCCCCUGGAUCUCGUCUCCUUCAACUCGGCUCUGAGCGCCUGCGCGGCUGCCUCCGCCUGGGAGUGGGCACUGCGUCUCUUUGAGGAGGUGCACGAGGCUUCGCUGGAGAAGGAUGCCAUCACCUACAGCGCUGCACUCACUGCCCAUGCUGGCGCCUCGUUCUGGCAGGAGGCGCUUGCCCUGUUUGAAGAGUUGUGCCUCCAGAAUCGCGCGGACAGCGGCGCCGCUGCAGCCGCCAUCGCGGCCUGCGGAACGGCGGCGCAAUGGGCCGCAGCGCUCGGAAUGCUCGAAGCCGAGGUCUCAGGCGACGCUCAUGAGGAUGCCAACGUGCUGCGAGUUACGUGCAUGGCGUGCUGCCAGGGGAAUCAGUGGCAACGAGCAGCACUGUUGGCCCUGACGAUGGCGGAGCUCUCUUCCACCUUAGACCCACAGAUCUACAGCAUGAUCAUCACGGCACGGAUGAGGGCGACUGCAUGA